GUCGCGCUAGUAGCUGGCUAGUUUCCUAUGCUAGUUUCUCUGUAUGGUUGAAUUAUUACUGAUUAUGCGACUGGGAUUUUAAAUUGCGUUUCUAAGAAUAUUUUUCUUUUUUUGUUAUUGGAUCGUAUUCCACGAUGAAUCUGGAGUUGCUCGAGUCCUUCGGGCAGAACUAUCCCGAGGAGGCAGAUGGCACCCUUGAUUGCAUCAGUAUGGCGCUUACAUGCACCUUCAAUCGCUGGGGCACACUGUUGGCCGUCGGCUGCAAUGAUGGCCGUAUUGUCAUUUGGGACUUUCUUACACGGGGCAUUGCCAAAAUCAUAAGCGCACACAUACAUCCAGUCUGUUCACUAAGUUGGAGUCGAGAUGGUCACAAACUAGUCAGCGCCUCUACAGAUAAUAUUGUCUCCCUGUGGGAUGUCCUUACGGGGGACUGUGACCAGAGGUUUCGCUUCCCCUCGCCCAUUCUCAAGCUCCAGUUCCACCCCAGGGACCAAGACAAAGUCCUUGUAUGUCCCAUGAAGUCGGCCCCUGUGUUACUCACAUUGUCAGACUCGAAACAUGUGGUUCUUCCUGUGGACGACGAUUCCGACCUUAAUGUAGUGGCUGCAUUCGAUCGAAGGGGGGAGUACAUCUACACAGGCAAUGCCAAAGGAAAGAUUCUCGUUCUGAACACAAACACCCAGGAUCUUGUAGCAUCAUUCCGAGUAACCACGGGCACUAGCAACACGACAGCCAUUAAAUCGAUAGAGUUUGCACGCAAAGGCAGCUGUUUCCUCAUAAACACAGCAGACCGCAUCAUCAGAGUGUAUGAUGGGCGGGAGAUUCUCACCUGUGGGAGGGACGGCGAACCAGAACCCAUGCAGAAGCUACAGGACCUGGUGAACAGGACGCCGUGGAAACGGUGCUGUUUCUCUGGCGAUGGAGAAUACAUAGUGGCCGGCUCCGCCAGGCAGCACGCCCUCUACAUCUGGGAGAAGAGUAUUGGCAACCUGGUCAAGAUCCUGCACGGCACACGAGGCGAGCUGCUCUUAGAUGUAGCGUGGCAUCCGGUCCGGCCGAUAAUCGCCUCCAUUUCCAGUGGGGUCGUGUCCAUCUGGGCCCAGAACCAAGUGGAAAACUGGAGUGCCUUUGCCCCAGACUUUAAAGAGCUGGAUGAGAACGUUGAAUAUGAAGAGAGGGAGUCUGAAUUUGACAUUGAGGAUGAGGACAAAAGUGAACCAGAACAGACAGGUGCGGAUGCUGCGGAAGACGAGGAGGUGGACGUGACCACGGUGGACCCCAUCGUGGCGUUCUGCAGCAGCGAUGAGGAGCUGGAGGACUAUAAGGCUCUGCUGUACCUGCCGAUUGCUCCAGAGGUGGAGGACCCUGAGGAGAAUCCGUUUGGCCCCCCACCCGACGCUGCGGGUCAGACCGCCUCCGCCGAAGAUGGCACUGUACACACAGGCUCGGGAGACAAGAAGCGCCAGCCGUCAUUGGACGGCGCUCCGCCCAAGAAGAAGGCCCGCACCACCACCAUUGAGCUGCAGGGCGUCCCCAGUGAUGAGGUGCACCCGCUGCUGGGUGUGAAGGGCGAUGGCAAGUCUAAGAAGAAGACUGCGGGCCGGCCGAAAGGCUCCAAAGGUAAAGAGAAAGAUUCCGCCUUUAGGCCCAAACUCUACAAAGGGGACAGGGGGUACCCUCUGGACGGAGCGGGCAUGGGCGUGGGCAUGAAGGGCAGAGCACAGGCAGAGUCUAGCCUGGCAGCGUCAGGUAAGGACCCAGACCGGCCCCACCACCAACCACCAGCUCCACAUCCCCCACUCCCCAGCCCUGCCCAGCAAAAGCUUCACCCGCUAGCUGCUUGCCCUCUGACAAAAACCCCUGCCCACUUCCCUCAGACAGCCAGUGAGCCUGCGCCACCUCACCUGCCACUCAAACCCAAAGCUUUGUAACCAUUGGCCCCCGUGACUUGACUGACUGGGCCUGAUUUGCGCUUUCUCACUGGAAACCAGAGCCAACGUGCAAUCAAAAAAAUCCUAAUAACGAUGUAAAAGGAGAACACAGGUGUUCUCUCAGCUCCCUCCAUGCUGUGUGUGUUCUAGGGGGUUCUGUGUUCUCCUGAACUAAUUUGGGGUCCGUUUUUAAGGGGGAUCAUGGUGGUCCAUUUAGAAUUUUGCCUGGAUAAACCAGGAGCGAGUCGCCCUGUGUGCUCUGUCAUUUUCUAUGUUUGGUCUUGUCUACUUCCUGCUUGCUCCUUGUCCUUCCUGCUCCGCUCUUGCCUUUGCUCUUCCCCAGGCCUGUGUGUGUGUGUGUGUGUGUGUGUGUGUGUGUGUGUGUG